AUGUCGCACAUAGAUGCUGCAUUUCAUUCAUCUUGUGAAAAUGAAGUUUAUCUAUUCAUGAAGAACGAGUAUGUGCUAGUGAACUAUGCUCCAGGCACGACAAACGACAAGGUGUUGUAUGGACCACUUCUUAUUGGCGCUGGGUAUCCAUCCCUCAAGGGCACAGCCUUUGCAGAUCCUGGAAUAGACUGUGCUUUUGGAUCUCAUCAUAAGGAUCAAGCAUUCAUCUUCUCUGGGAAUCUCUGUGCACAGAUUAACUACGCACCACACUCCUCAAAUGACAAGAUAAUCAAAGGACCGAUGACCAUCACUGAAAUGUUCCCCUUCUUCAAAGGGACGGUGUUUGAAAGCGGCGUAGAUGCAGCGUUUGAGUCAACGAAAAAAUAUGAAGCAUACCUCUUCAAAGGCAACCAGUAUGCUCUUAUAAACUACGACUAUGAUUCCCACCUUAUCUCCAUCCGUCUCAUCAAGCAAGGCUUUCCUAGUUUGGCAAACACCAUCUUUGAAAGUGGAUUUGAUGCAGCCUUUGCUUCGCAUAAGACUGAUGAGGCAUACCUAUUCAAAGGACCUUACUACGCACGCAUCAACUUUGCUCCCGGCACCACAGAUGACUACAUCAUUGGUGGCAUCAAGAAGAUCCUUGCCUAUUGGCCCUCUUUACACAACAUCUUGCCUGUCUAA